AUGUCAAAGAGGAUGGAUGGAUUGCAACUUACAGCAGUGAGCACAUCUAACCAACCAUCAAUGGUGUGGGGACAGCAGGAGGAGAACUAUGAAAAGCAGCAGCAAGAGCAAGUGCAGAGUGGAAGAACCUUGGUAAAUGACAAGAGGCCAGUUGAGAAUGAUAAGGCUAGCAGCAAGGAAGAAGUGACACUUAAAGACAAGCAAGACCAAGAGAAGCUCAAGGAGAAGGAGGAACCUCAAGCUUCAAAGAAGGGAAAGCAAGCUAUUGAGGAACAAUCACAAGAACAGAGGAAGGAGGAGAAGCCAUACACUCCCUCUAUUCCAUAUCCUCAAAGGUUUAACAGAGAGCUUAAAGAUCAACAGUUCCUCAAGUUCCUAGAAGUGUUUAAGAAGCUAGAGAUCAACAUCCCAUUUGCUGAAGCUCUGGAACAAAUGCCUCUAUAUGCAAAAUUCCUCAAAGAGCUCAUCAAUAAAAAAAGGAGAUGGAAUGAAAAAGAGAAAGUGAUCCUAACACAAGAAUGCAGUGCUGUCAUCCAAAGAGGUCUUCCUCCAAAGCUCAAAGACCCUGGGAGCUUCUUCUUACCUUGUACCAUUGGUGACACAAUCAUUGACAAGGCAUUGUGUGAUUUAGGAUCCAAUAUUAACCUCAUGCCUCUGUCUAUAAUGAGAAGGCUAUCUAUAGAAAAAGUGAAGCCUACACAGAUGUCAUUAGAGCUAGUGGAUAGAUCUCUGGUAAUUCCCAAGGGGUGA